AUGGCAUUCUGGCUAAACUUGAUGCCUUUACUAUUAGUCCUCAACGGUGUCCAGUCUCAAGUCCAGUUGGUGGAGUCUGGAGGGGCUGUGAGAAGACCUGGGGAGUCCCUCCGUCUCUUCUGCCAAGCCUCUGGAUUCACCUUCAGCGACUAUUACAUGCACUGGGUGAGACAGGCUCCAGGGAAAGGGCUGGAAUGGGUUUCAGAGAUAUAUCCAAAUUCAGCUACCAUUCACUACUCAGACAAAGUGAAGGGCCGCUUCACCACCUCCAGGGACAAUGCCAAAAGCCAGCUGUAUCUGCAAAUGAACAGCCUCAAAGCUGAAGACACAGCAGUCUAUUACUGUGCAAGAUACACAGUGAGAGGAAGUGAAUCUGAAGCCAAGCAAAAAACUGUCAAUUUCAUUAAGCAACUCUCAUCUGGAUUUAACUUUGGUGGCUCCCACAUGGGCUGGGUGAGACAGGCUCCUCAGAAAGGAUUGGAAUGGGUGGCAUUCAUCUACACUGAUUCCAGUAGAAUAUUCUACUUAGACAAAGUGAAGGGCCGCUUCACCAUCUCCAGGGACAAUGCCAAAAGCCAGCUGGAUCUGCAAAUGAACAGCCUCAAACUAGAAGACAUUGCUGUCUAUUACUGUAUGAGAGACACAGUGAGAGGAAUUGAAUCUGAAGCAAAGCAGAAACCUUCCAUAUCGCAGAUAAUUUUUUCCGAGUUCACUCAAUAA